UAAACAGUGGGGGAGAUUUGAAAAAUGCUAGACAAAAAUAAUUAGGGUACAACAGGGCUAAAGGCACCCCUUAAGGAAACUUUGCUAUUUUUCUGGUCACAAAAUGUGUCAAGGUAAAAAAAAAAAAAAAAGAAUUUUUUAUUUAUUGAAUAUUGAUGGACCAACAUAAUUUGUGUAAAAAGAAAUAAUAACGGAAGGUUGUUUCGAUUAAAAUUCAGUUUUAAAAAUGGUGGUGAGGGAGCCUUUUAGCCCACACUUGGGGUAAAAGGACCCUAGGGGGUUUAUGUGAUAUUGUGUAGAUACCGGUGCAGUAGUUAUAGGGCACAAUGUCAAGUAAUGCAAAUAAUUUUGAGACAUCAAGAUGCUUUUUUGAUUAACAAUUUAAGGUUCUCACUCAAAAUAACUACAGAAAAGUCAACCAUUUCCUGUUAAUUUCAAACACAUUUGGCAUUUUAUUACAUCUCAAGUAUCCUAUAAACAAACUAAUCUCUAUUAUGAUUGGAUGAGUCACUGUGCACUCACUUUAAAAAAAAUUCCAUAACAAAUCUAUUUACCCCACUUAAGAAAAACAAUGUGUUUAAUAGGGGCCUUUAGCCCUGUUGUACCCUACUAACCAUCCUAAACCGUUCGUAAACAAAUGACGUCACGUGGCGUCAUCAAAAUGUGACGGAUCUUUACGUGAGCAGCAUUUGCCAUUCAUCCACUGUAUGGCAUGGGUCACGUGUGUGAAUCGGAAAGUAGCUGUUUUAAAUGUCUUACUCUACUUUGCAAAACGAGAAAUUCGUCUUUCGCUGAAAAACUUGCAUCGAAAAGAAUCCGCGAGCAUUAAAAUCCUGCGAGCGCAGUGGACAGUACUGAAUGUCAGGAGAAAUACUGCGCAAGCUAAAGACACUUUCUCACGCUUAAACUUCUCCAGACAUUGGCAGCUAUUAAUACAGCAGGCCUGUGCAGAAUCAAACGCCAUGGAGACUAAACAGGCCACAGACAGCUGUGAUACAGACGUCACUGUAAGAACAAACAGCGGUAAACGUAAAAACGACGAGACAGACGAGGCAGCAGGAAGACAAGACAGCGGUAAGAAGCGAAAGAGGGGAGGUAAACAGCCGCGUCCCGGAGAACGGUACGUUCCCCCUCCACAGAAACGUAAUCCAGGUGUGAGUUUCAGCCAAGAACAUUUUGCAGAAACCUCGUAUUAUUUUGAAGGCGGACUUCGCAAAGUGCAUCCUUAUUAUUUUGAUUUUAAGACUUACUGUAAAGGACGCUGGAUCGGUAAAACUCUACUUGAUGUUUUCAAGAGUGAAUUUCGAUCUGAGUCUAUGGACUAUUACAAUAAAGCAGUCAAGGAGGGGCGCAUAAAAUUGAAUGAAAUACCAGUGGAUGACCUAAACUUAACACUUAAGAACAAUGAUUAUUUGAGGAACACAGUGCAUCGCCAUGAGCCCCCCGUCAGUGGACAGCCCUUGGAGAUUUUGGUAGACGAUGGUAAAGUGGUGGUGGUAGAUAAGCCUGCUUCACUACCGGUACAUCCCUGUGGACGCUACCGCCACAAUACGGUCAUCUUCAUUUUGGGCAAAGAGAAAGGCCUUAGUGGUCUCCACACAGUACAUCGACUGGAUCGCCUCACUUCAGGUGUGCUGCUGUUUGCACGUACACAGGAGGUCUCCAAAAAACUGGACGCAAUGGUUCGCGAGAGACAGUUAGAGAAAGAGUAUGUCUGUAGAGUGGACGGAGAGUUUCCUGAGGGUGAGGUGGUGUGUGAGGAACCCAUACUGGUAGUGUCCUUCAAGGUGGGCCUUUGCAGGGUUGAUCCCAAAGGCAAAGAAUGCCGCACAGUCUUCCAGAGGCUGAGCUAUAAUGGACGCUCCAGUGUAGUGCGCUGCCUGCCGCUUACAGGCCGUACUCACCAGAUCAGAGUUCAUCUUCAGUUCCUUGGCUUCCCAAUCCUCAAUGAUCCCAUCUAUGGGUCUUCUGCAUGGGGCCCGAACAGGGCCAAAGGAGGGUUGGUGGGUAUGAGCAAUGAGGAGAUUCUAGAAGCGCUUAUUGAAGAGCAUCGUUCAAAGGAGAGUUUGCACUUGUUGGAUUUACCUGAUGAAGAGAUCUCAGGAAAGCAAAGAACAAAGAUGGAGUGUAGUGAUGGUGCUCAACCUAAUGACCAAUCGAAAACUGUACUUGAGUCAAGCAGUGUUGCGUGUGAUGACGCUACUUGUAAAAUGCCACUGCUUGAAGGAAAGACUGAAGACAGCCAAGAACAAUGUAACACUAGAUGGACAGGUGAAACUGAGGUGGAGAUGAAUGGUGCACAGAAAGAGAAGGUCUCUAACUCCGAUGAAUCCUCUAAAACUGUGAAAUCAACUACUUUUGUUAGAGAUCAUUUAUGUGGUGAGUGUAAAAUUGUGAGGCCUGACCCAACAGAGAAGGAUUUGAUUAUGUAUCUACAUGCGUUGCGCUACAAAGGACCUGACUUUGAAUAUUCAACCAAACUGCCUGGCUGGGCCAAAGAAGACUGGGUUCAGGAUUAAAAAAAGAAUUGCAUGGAUCUAUUAAAAAUUUCUUACCUGAUAUCACAGUACAAGAAUGUGGUUUUAAAAAAGUACCCUUCUAUACUGAAUGUAUUCAGUGUGAAUUGAAAGUUUCUUCAUUUUAUUUAAUUUUCUUAGAUUUUGCUGAUAUAGUUUGAAUUAUUCAGUACUGUGGUGCAAUUGUCAUUUAUUUUACCUCACUUUUGAAAAUGACAGUCUCAUCUGACAUGAACAUAUGUCAAUACAAUUUGACUUAUUUGUGGGAAUAAAUGCAAAGUCUAAUAAUUUUCUUUAUUUUUCAUCUAAAAGCAACAGUAGGUGUGAGUAAUUUGAAUGGAAAUGAGUUUAACUAUUGUGAGCUGCAAACCACCCACAAUAGUCACAGAGUGUAGUCAAACCACCAUUAAAUUAAAUGUUUAUUAAACUUCUUCAUAAUAGUUUAUCUUCAGACAUUUCAGACACAACUUAAAAUCUGACUUUACGCACAGGCUUUUAACAACAGGAUUUCCACACCAGCAGGUUUUAUAAUACAGCUACAUAAUUUCAUCAAAAUAAUUGGCACGAAUCAUUCUUUUAAAAUGUUGGCACCUUGUAUUUUUAAGAUGUUUUGACAAUGUCAAGAACACAUUGAAAUGAAAUCAAACUGAAUAUCUAAAAGAUGAACUGCUGUAGUUAUGGAGGGUUUGCUCUGCAGAGCAAAACCGAACACCCUCCGUAACUCUGUAACUAUCUUUUAAAAUGAUCUGGUGAAAAUAACCUCUGCUAACAUUCAAAUUUAUAAAGGAUUAACAUGUUUGUGCACAUCACAAAACACCACUUGAUACAUUGCUAAUCUUUCAAAUACACAUUAAACAGAGAGAUAUCUCUCACAGUCUUGUAUAGGGCUCAAUUGUAGUGAAUUAGAAAUCUGUUUGGGACAUUAGUGAAAAAUAUCCCUAGACUGAAGCAUUCAGACUUGAGAACAAUUUAUUGUUGUAAUUGGCUGUUAUCGUUCUUUGCCUUUUUUUUUUUUUUUUUCAAAUUUUUUUUUAAGAGGUACCUUUAUGGGUCUGGUACUCAGGGGUGUAAAAAAGUAUUCGAAAAUUAUACUUAAGUGAAAGUAUGGAUACUGAGUGAAAAUUGUACUCAAAAGUCUAAGUAUCUGGCCUGAAACAUACUUGAGUGAAAAUAAAAAAGUACCACAUUAAAUUGUACUUAAGUAUUCAAAAGUUAAAGUAACAUAGCAAGAAUGACAAAAGAUUUGAUGGUGAAUUUUUUAAAAUGUCCUUGGUGAGUGGGAGACAAAGGAGACAUUUCAUCUUGUAUGAAUCCUUAACUCCACUAAAGGAAAAUAAUUCACGAAGGUAGGACCUAGGGCUGGGUAUUGAUCAGGCCCUGUUCUAUGGGGGUGCUUGAGGGUGCUAAGUAACGUUAGAGGGCAAAUUUAUCCUGAAUGUUUUUUUUGUUUUGGUUUUUUUGGGAUCCAACACAACUCCACAAGCGUUUAACAUGUUCAGGGUUGCCAGAUAAUAGAUGUGAUCCCCCCAAUGUUAUACUUAUUAUGUGCAAACUGGCAACCAUGCAUUAGAGUGUGCCCUCUCUCCUUGAAACCCCACCCCCAGAAAAAACGGUAACUAUUGGUAGUGCGAUAUUCUGCUCAACGAAAAUGCACAGAUAAAGCAAUAAAUGUUUGUAUAUUUAAAAAUGUUUUCUUUACAUCAAUUUAGUAUCAUUUAAACAAUUUAAUCUUUAGAAAAAUGUGUAAUAUGAAAUGUCUCCAUUUUAUACAGAGCACCCCCACUAUUUUCAGAAGCACUCUCAUUGAUUUUGAUCUGGAACCGGGACUGGUAUUGAUACAGAUUUCCCAAUUUGAUUCCGAUUCACAAGCAUUCGAUUCGAUUUUGACUCUAUUGAUUCAUAUGGGUAUAUUUCAGUUAUAAUGUCCCUUUUGCUUACAUAUUAAAUAAAUUCUCUCUCAGCUAAUGCUCUGAAUUAUACAAAGGACCUUAUCUAAGUACAUUAAAAAAAUAUUUUUUUUCUACUUAUAUUUUAUUCGUUUUUCAUCAUUUGUCACUUUUUAGCUUCUUAAAACUGAACAAAUCAAUGUAUUUAAUCAAUAAAUAUGA